UCCACUGCCUGUCAGGCAACAAGCUAAGUGAGCAGUGUUACUUUGAAGCCUCGCAAUUACAUUUCUGCCCGCAGCGAUAUAGUGCACACGUUUUAAAACGAAUUAAAUUCACAACUUAAGAGUCGCUUGAUUCAACAGCAUUUUUCUUUUUAAAAAAGCCGCUUAAAGCUGCUCUGGGGGCGGAGUGUCUGCAAAGUGUUGCGCCGAUUGGGGCGCUCCAUCGGGGGACGAGAGAUGGCGUGCUUGUUGGAGGCCCCUCUCCGCAUCAGUGUGCUGUCUGAAGUCACUGCCACAAGUCGCCAUUAUGUGGACCGCCUGUUCGACCCCGACCCACAGAAAGUCCUGCAGGGAGUCAUAGACAUGAAGAAUGCUGUAAUUGGCAACAAUAAGCAGAAAGCCAAUCUUAUCGUCCUGGGAGCUGUGCCGAGGUUACUGUACCUUCUCCAGCAGAGCUCGUCCAGCCUGGAGCUGAGGACAGAGUGCGCAGUGGUCCUGGGCAGUCUCGCCAUGGGCACGGAGAACAACAUAAAGUCCCUGGUGGACUGCCACAUCAUCCCUGCCCUUCUUCAAGGUUUGCUGUGUCCUGACCUGAUUUUCAUUGAGGCUUGUCUUCGAUGUCUCAGAACAGUCUUCAUCAGUCCGGUCACACCUGUGCAGCUGCUCUACACUGACCCCACUGUGAUCCCGCAUUUAAUGUCUCUACUGAGCAGCUCACACAGGACGCAAGAGUACACCACGCAGAUCUUCUCCCACUGUUGUAAGACACCAGAGCACCAGACAGUUCUGUUCAACCACGGCGCCAUUCAGAACAUUGCCCCAUUGUUAAUAUCACCCUCUUAUAAGGUGCGGAUGCAAGCAUUAAAAUGUUUCUCAGUGUUGGCGUAUGAGAACACUCAGGUCUCCAUGACGCUGGUAAAUGUGCUGGUGGAAGGCGAGCUGCUCUCUCAGGUAUUUGUUCAAAUGAUGCAAAGGGAUCAGCCCAUUGAAAUGCAGCUAACGGCUGCCAAGUGUCUCACGUACAUGUGUCGAGCUGGUGCCAUCAGGACAGACGACAGCUGCAUCGUGCUAAAGACGUUGCCAUGCCUGGUGCGCAUGUGCAGCAAGGAGCACUUGCUAGAGGAACGCGUUGAGGGAGCAGAGACGCUGGCCUUCCUCAUGGAGCCCGACGUUGAGCUACAGAGGAUCGCCAGCACCACCGACCACCUGGUGGCCAUGUUGGCUGACUACUUCAAAUACCCUAGUUCUGUGUCGGCCAUCGCUGAUAUCAAAAGGCUGGACCAUGACCUUAAGCACGCACACGAGCUGAGACAAGCCGCUUUCAAACUUUAUGCCUCGCUGGGCUCCAACGACGAGGACAUCCGCAAGAAGAUUACAGAGACAGAGAACAUGAUGGACAGGAUAGUCAGCGGCCUGUCAGAGUCCAGCAUUAAAGUUCGCUUAGCCGCUGUCAGAUGUCUACAUAGUCUCUCAAGGUCUGUGCAGCAGCUGAGGACCAGCUUCCACGACCAUGCUGUGUGGAAGCCUCUCAUGAAGCUGUUGCAGAAUGCUCCUGAUGAAGUUCUGGUCAUGGCGUCGUCCACACUAUGCAACCUCCUGCUGGAGUUCUCGCCCAGCAAAGAGCCCAUCCUAGAAUCAGGGGUGAUUGAACUACUAUGCAGUCUGACUCAAAGCGAGAGUCCUGCACUAAGGGUCAACGGGAUCUGGGCCCUCAUGAAUAUGGCGUUCCAGGCUGACCAGAAGGUAAAGGUAGAGAUCGUUCAGUGUUUGGGCACGGAGCAGCUCUUUCGUUUACUGUCCGACCCAGACGCUAACGUGCUGAUGAAGACGCUGGGUUUGCUACGGAAUGUUCUGUCCACGCGACCUCACAUUGAUCAGAUCAUGAGCUCCCACGGCAAGCAGAUCAUGCAGGCAGUCACGCUCAUCCUGGAGGCGGAGCACAGCGUGGAGGUCAAAGAGCAGACGCUGUGCAUUCUGGCCAACAUCGCUGACGGCAACACAGCCAAGGAGCUCAUCAUGACCAACGAUGACAUGCUGCAGAAAAUCAAAUACUACAUGGGUCACUCCAGUGUAAAGUUGCAGUUGGCCGCCACCUUCUGCAUCUCCAACCUCAUCUGGAACGAGGAGGACGGUUCUCAGGAGCGUCAGGACAAGCUGCGGGAGUUGGGCUUUGUGGAUAUAUUGCACAAACUCUCACAGGCUUCAGACACCAACCUCAGCGACCGGGCCAAGACGGCGAUGCAGCAGUACCUGGCGUGACCACAGGGAGGAGCUGACAACCUUCACUCACUGGAGGACGUGCUGUAUUGUUUGGCUUUUUUUGGGUUGCACAAAAGACAUCUUUUUUGGUUCUCUUUUUUUUUUUUUUAAAGAUACAGACCUCCCUUGCAGUCAUGAACGGUUUUGGACACAUUCACUGUCUUGAAGUGAUGUUCACAAUGAAGUGAGGUUUGUAGCGUUGUGAUGUGACCGUUGAGGAAAGUGGAUUACCUUUCCUCUUGUUAUUUUUACAUUUUUGUGAUUCAGGAUGGGACGUUUUUUCUCCUCAAGGAUACCUUUAGAAGAUAAACACAGAGACGGCUUAUUUUGAAAUGUGGUUGUUUUCAUUAUUGUGGAUACAUACCUCGUAAAUAUAUAAAUAUAUAUAUAUAUAUAUAUGA